UUGAAAAUUGAUGUUGUGACAAAAUCUUGUGCUCUCAAAAUGUUGAUGUUUCAUGCUCUUAACUUGAUGGCUACGAUGCUUGGUGCUGUAGUACUUGGAUUCGGAUUCAUCGGAACGGUUAUAUUUGGCAAUAUUGGCAAUGAAACUUUUAGUCUUAUGGUAACUAUUGGAACUGGUGUACUCUGCUUAUCUGUUUUAAGCUGCUUAAUGGGAUGUUUGUGCAAGGGUUUGAUUCUUUGGUUGUAUGGUUUAUGUAUGUUUGCUCUUGGAAUCUGCACUUAUAUGCUCUUGUACUACUACGUUAGACCAUUUGAAACAGUAGUUAAUGUAGAAUACGUAGUUAAUGAGUCAUGGAACCAUACAGUUGUCAAAACCAAUCAGAAGCUGUACACCAGUAAUCCUCCAAUAGACUUCACUUUAUUAGAAAAAAUGCUUCACUGCUGUGGCAAGACCGGACCUGAUGACUAUGACAUAGAGGAUCUUGAAAUACCUUCAUCCUGCUAUGUUGCUAACUAUCUUGAAACUAUGGAGGCUGAGGUUUACAUUGAAGGGUGCGUUGAAAAAUUUACAAAAGUUGUCCAUAAAUUUUUUAAGGCAAUAAUCGUUGUUUGUUGGCCCCUUAUGAUGAUCGAGUAUUUUGCAGCGUUUUAUUCCUUCUGUUCAACUGUUUUUUAAAAAGAAAUACUUUUUUAAUAUAUGUGUAAAAUA